UCCGACAUUAUAGUCACAAUAUACUAAGUCAGACAUGUUGCUCCCCUUACUCCCAGUUUUCCUAGGUGCAGUCCUCCCCUUGAGGAGUGAGGCACGCCCGGAGUUCACGUGGAGGAGCGAACAGGAACAUGCAGCAACAUGCGGCUAUAAUUCCUGUCCUCAGACACGAGAUGACAUGAUGAAUGUCCAUUUGAUACCUCAUACACACGAUGACGUCGGCUGGCUAAAGACGGUUGAUCAGUACUAUUAUGGAGACCAGAACUCCAUACAGACUGCAGGAGUACAGUACAUCCUUGACUCCGUCAUUCCGGAGUUGUUACGGGACCCAUCCAAAAGGUUCAUUUAUGUGGAGGUGGCCUUCUUCGCGAAAUGGUGGCGAGAACAGGACAAUGCCACGCGCGAAAGCGUCCAAAAUCUCGUCAAUCAAGGUCGACUAGAGUUUAUCCUUGGUGGUUGGUGCAUGAAUGAUGAGGCCUCCACUCACUAUAACGCCAUCAUAGACCAACACACCCUCGGAUUCGAGUUCCUCAGACAGAACUUUGGGGACUGUGGUCGACCCCGAGUCGCAUGGCAGAUCGACCCCUUCGGCCACUCUCGGGAACAGGCCUCACUGUUUGCUCAGAUGGGUUAUGACGGACUAUUUAUUGGUCGUCUUGACCAUGCUGACAAAGAUCUCAGAUUAAACCAAACGAACAUGGAAUUUGUAUGGCGAGGCAGUCCAAAUAAUCUAGGUAAGACGGCCCGGCUGUUUACUGGUGUGCUGUAUAACGGUUACGGUCCUCCAUCGGGAUUCUGCUGGGACAUCAGCUGUAAGGAUGACCCUAUAAUGGACGACGACCGUCUUAAUGAUAAUAACGUGAACAAGAAGGUAGCAGACUUUAUCAAGGCGGCUCAUGAUCAGAUGAAGCACUACCACACUAAUAGCAUAAUGAUGACCAUGGGGUCUGAUUUUCAAUACCAAAACGCCCAUACAUGGUUCAAAAAUAUGGACAAACUUAUCAAGUACGUCAAUGCACAGCAAAGUAACGGAAGUGACGUGAACGUUUUUUAUUCAACGCCGUCGUGUUACCUGGCAGAGCGGAACCAGCUGAACCAGUUAUGGAACUCCAAGGCAGACGACUUCUUCCCCUACAGCGACCACGCCCACAGUUACUGGACAGGUUACUUUUCCAGCCGACCAGCUCUCAAGGAAAACGUCAGGCGCACAAACAACUUCUUACAGGUUUGCAAGCAGGUAGCAGCUUUCAAUGGCCAAGAAGUAAAUAAAUUAAAGGAGGCGAUGGCUGUCGUUCAACAUCAUGAUGCCAUUUCUGGUACAGAAAAACAGCAUGUAGCAGACGACUACGCACAGAGACUGGCAGUGGGAGUCAAAGACUGUCAGAUGAUGUUGAACGCUGAGUUCAGUGAUAUGCUGACUGUUGGUUCAUCCAUCGGGCCUCCAGAACAAAACUUCUGUCCCCUCCUCAACAUCAGCAAGUGUUCGCUGACAGAGAACUAUAACUCGUUUGUGGUACUAGCCUACAACCCACUAGGCCGGGAAGUUCUAAAUUACUUCAGGAUCCCUGUUCUGGGCACAAACUACCAAGUAACAGACAAAGACGGGACACGCAUACCUGCACAGCUCAUCCCUGUGUCCAAUGCUACACGAGACAUUCCAGAGCGGAAAGGAACCAGGACCGAUCAUGAUUUGGUGUUUCGUGGAACUCUUCCGGCCCUAGGCUUCUACUUGUUCUUCGUUCAAUAUAAAGAAGAAAACGUUCCUGUUAAAGAGAACGUUCCUCACGAAGUAGAACCUAAGGCUGACAUAAUAUUGAAAAACAAGCAUUUAAGUCUGACCUUUGAUGGUACGACGGGCAAAAUCAGGCAGAUGCAGCAGCUGGAAGACUCGAUAUCAAUAGGAAUUAGUCAGGACUACAUGUACUACCUGGGUUACCAUGGUAACAACAGUAAAGACGACUACCAGAACUCGGGGGCCUACAUCUUUCGCCCCAACGGGUCACUGGCCACCAACUUUUCCCAGACCAGCCUUAAGACCAAAGAGUACAUAACGUUUGGAGACGCCCUGGUAAGGGAGGUCCACCAGCAGUUCAGCCCCUGGGUGUCUCAGGUGGUGAGACUGUAUGAAGAGGAGAAGUACGCCGAAUUCGAGUGGACCAUUGGCCCUAUUCCGAUAGAGGACGGUUACGGUAAGGAGGUGAUAUCCAGAUUCUCCACCAACCUCAAUUCUUUCGAUACAUUCUAUACGGACGCUAACGGCAGGGAAAUACUACAGAGACGUUACAAUCAUCGUGACACAUGGGUUUUGAACCAGACAGAAGAUGUGGCUGGAAAUUACUACCCAGUAAACAGUAGAAUCUUCAUACGGGACGAAGCCAAAAAUGUACAGUUCACCGUCCUUACUGAUCGCUCACAAGGUGGCGCUAGUCUCCGAGCAGGUAGUCUCGAACUGAUGGUACACCGUCGACUCCUGGCUGACGAUCAUAGAGGUGUAGGCGAACCACUCAACGAGACUGGUUCAGACGGUCGGGGACUGAUCAUACGAGGUAAACAUUACGUAUUCCUUGAAACAAUUGCCAAGUCUGCCCGGUGUCACAGAGAUCUGGCUUUAAAGUUGUACAUGGCGCCUUCACUCUCGUUUAUGAUUGGACAGGGGGGACAACAGGUGUGGAUACAGAACUGGGGUGUCCAUUGGACAGCCAUGAAAACUCCACUGCCAGCCAAUGUGCACCUACUAACCCUGGAAAAGUGGCCGACCCCGGGGGUGGAUCCAUUAGAUGACAGGGGAUACCUUUUGAGGCUGGAACACAUUUACGAGGUGGAUGAGGAUCCGGCACUCUCCCAGCCUGUCACCCUUGACCUGAAUCAGAUAUUUAAGUUUGGCCUCCAAAUCGUGAACGAGGUGACGUUAGGAGCGAACAUGCCAUUGUCACAGUUACGAAGGAUGGAAUGGACCGUCAUCGUCGACAAGGAAGUAUCAAAUACUGUGGAAUCGGUGGACACUACGCUACGAGUAGACAACACCACCAUUACUUUGAACCCCAUGCAGAUACGGACAUUCAUUGUCAAUCGUCUGGAAGGUUGAGCGUAUGGUCAACUUCCAAAACUUAAACUUCUGUAUUGUGCCAGUGCAAUUAUUAUUAUUUCUAAAUAAAGAAUUGUUCCUUUU